AUAUUGCCUCGUAGAUACACAUUGACAAAGUCACGUUAACACAAUGAAUACACACGCACAUACACAUCACACACAUAUAGCACACAUUCAAAACUUCUCCUAACACACACAAAAUAGACCAACGCACACUAACUAAUGUGUAACUUAUCGCAACACAAAGCACAGCAACACACCAAGACUCAACACAGCUCAACCACUUCAGGGUAUAGAUUUAGUUCUAGCGUGUUGGAAUGGGACAGCUAAUAAAAAAAAAAGAUAUUGUGUUUGAAAUAGGGAGUUAAUCAUCAGGUAGGGGACGCUUGUAUUGUAAAAAUAAAUCUGUCACUUAUACAAGACAUGGAAAGAUCGGCGUUGACGCCUGGUUAGAUUUGAUUUACUGAAGUCGAAUAAGAUCGACAGAUCUAUUAUUUGAAAGAUAUAUACUGUUGUAUGAUACGUGUGUUGACGUGACGUACCAUUUCUUUAUCUCGGGAUUAUGUGAAGAUUCCAGAAACUUCGUCCAUUUUAAGCCACAAUGUCGUCAAAACGAAAGUCUAAAUCGAACAGAACUAGACUGCGAUUACUGACACCAAUUAAAGAGGUUUCAGGUCUUGUUCCAGUUGAAAUCAUUCCCUACGGUUCUAAAACUGUAAGGAUCUCAGACCCCAUCAAACCAAUACUUGUCAAGGCUCUGCCAGCCGAGUCCCCAAGAGAUGUCAGGCUGAAGGAACGAGCUCCGAAUGUGAAAGGGCCUGUAGACAACAUAGUAGAAGAAUAUCUCACUCAAGCGAGACAAUCCAACAUUAUUCCCUCCCCUUACAAUUUUGGCACACGGUACUACGAUUUAAGAGGAGACAGAGGAUUGCUCUGCCCUUGCUGUGCCAACAGAAACAGAGAAAGCUUCGAGAAGAAAGCUGCACUGCAGAGAGGAAAGGAUAUUAGCUCCAUUAGAGUGUUGACGCCUCCAGAAUUUGUACCUGACAAUGAACUCUUACAGCAGCCUCAAUCUGAGGCGCCCACUCAUCACUCCAAGCCUCUAUCACUGCAUCCUCCAUUAUCCAACUCAUGGGAUGUGGAUUACUUGUCGGACUAUCCAGCCAACACGUAUAACCGUUCUUACAUAAGAACUUAUCCUUUUAGAUAUAGACCACUAUACCAAGAGCCACCUGUAAAGCCCUUUUCAAGAAAAGCCUCGGCCCAGAGAGCUUAUAUUCGAGGCCGAGUUGUUGAGGCCAACUCCAAGUAUCACGAAAGCAUGCACAGACUUCAAGUUCACUUCGAGAAAAACUACAGUCUUCCAGAACCUUCCAUCACUGACUCAGACGAGGACUAAGCUGAUAAGAAAUCCUUGGAUACUGACAUCAAAGGAGCGAAUACCCUAGGACCUGACUGGGGAGAAGUCUACUGACAUUUAUGUUUAUUACAUUGAAUAUGAAAAGUGGACAAUAUGGUGUUGUUAAAUAAGAAUAUAAUGACAUAUGAAGAUAAUGUUUUAUUCUCUUCGGUCCUCUGACUAGUGUCGUAGCUAGGGAUGUGGGGACCGUGGGUGGCCGGGGGGGGGGGGCUUAACCUCUUUAAGGGACCCUGAUUUUGACAUCCGACAUCAUGACAAGAACAAGGGCCCUUAGGACUUCACACAGAUCAAUUAUCAUGACUGAAUGUCUUACAGUGUUUAUCCUACUCAGUAGAAUAUCAAUUGUAAUGUCGAGCUUGGUUUCCAAAGACUAUUUAUUAAAUUACUUCAAAUGAUUUGAAAAAGUGGCAGUUAAUAAAUUGUGGGUAUAUAUGUUUACAAGGUUAAUGUGGAAAUGAAAAAAAAAUCUUUUAUCGAUUUGUUAAUUAAUGGGUCUCAAGUAUAAUAGAAACAUAAGGUACCAUUGAAGUCUUUAAUACAAUUUUUGUUUUGUUUUG